UUGCUCAUGAGGUUCUUACUUCAUUUAUGAUCUGGCUACAUGCUGGAAGCACAGGCAACGUGGCACAGGCACCCCAGCUGCCAGGAGAGGGAGGAGUCAGGGUAAAGAGUCAGCAGCCAGAAGCUGCACUUUGCUUACACAGCCUGCUUGAGAAAGACAGUGGAAAUGCUGCCUGACCCCUGCACCUCCACUGCUGCUGCCAGAAAACUUUGAAACAAGAGCACUGGUAGGUCUGUUUAUUAUUGAUUGAGUAAUAUCAUCUAAAUAAAAGAAAAAAGUUUGAGACUAAAUGAGACCAAGAUUCCCAUAGACAUGGAUCAUUUAGCCAUUAUUAUCAUUGGGCUUUUCUUCAUAAAUGGUUCUAGUCUAGCGCCAAUACCCAGAGAUGACAGCAAGCCUGUUGAAGGUCAAGUUCAAAUAGAACUGAAGACCUCAGAGAACAGGACUGAAACUCCACUUGAGGCUAAAUUAGCCCUCGAAAACAAUAUUAUCAUAGGCUUGGUUGUUAUCCUCUUACUUACUGUGAUUGUUUUAUUGUGUUUUUUAUGUCGAGGGCGCUCCAAGACUAGGAGGAAUUACAGCAGAUAUUUGUUGGUAUUUCCCUGUGCUUUGGGAAAGGGCUACAAAUACAAAAAGGAAGAUCCUGAAAAAAGAGAACUCCUCCCUGAAGAAGAAGUGCCAGUACCCAAACAUGAUGGCAAGCCUAGUCAAGAAAAUCCAGCUGAGGCUAAAUUAGCCAUCAAAAUCAAGAUUCUAAUAUGCGUGGUUAUCCCCCUUCUUAUCGGGAUCGUUUUAUUGUGUUGUUUAUGUCUAAAGACCGCAUUGGAGAGGACUGAAAAUCCAGUUGAGGCUAAAUUAGCCAUCAAAAUCAAGGCUCUCAUAGGCGUGGUUUUUGUCCUCCUUUUUAUCAUGAUCGUUUUAUUGUAUUUAUAUCUAAAAAACAAAAAGAAAGAACCUGGAAAAAGAGAACUCCUCUCUGAAGAAGAAGAAAAAGCCCAGAUGGAAAAGAUGGGUCAACUCCAAGUAGAACUGAGGUGGAGAAGGACUCAUCGCUAUGCAGAAAACAUCACCUUUAAUCCAGACACAGCCCACCCCAACCUCUCUGUUGAUGGGAAAAAGAAGAGUUUGAAACAUAAAUCCCAACCUCAAAAUGUUCCACCAAACUCAGAGAGGUUCGACUCAACUGUCUGUGUGCUGGGCUCUGAAGGAUUCUCUGGGAAGCACUACUGGGAGGUGGAUGUCGGGAGCAGCACUGAAUGGGACCUGGGAGUGGCCAGAAAAUCCAUAGAGAGAAAAGGGAAACUGUCCCUGUCCCCUAAAGAGGGAUUCUGGGUUCUGGGUUUCAGUGGGAGAGAUUAUUGGGCAAAAACAGACCCAUGGACCCGGGUCAUGGUGCAGAAAAAGCCCAAGAAAAUUGGAGUUUACCUUAGUUGCAAAGACAGUCAGGUGACCUUUUACAAUGGAACUGACGCCUCUGUGUUGUUCACAUUUAGUGAUUGCAGUUUCACAGGAGAGGUUUGUCCAUUCUUUAAAAAUUCACUGAAAGAAACAACACUGAGAAUUUGUUCUUUAAGAGAAGACGAAUGACUGUAACAUGGAACUGACACUCAUUUCUCAGUCCAUCUUUGAAAUCCAAUUUCUCACCAAUUAAUCUGUGUGACACUGUAUGGAAUUUGGGGGAUACUUUAAGACAGGGAUGGGGAACCUAACUCCUGGGGGCUUUAUGUGGCCCCUGGGUUGCCUGGAUCUGGUCCUCAAGGCUUAGAGCCUUCCCCAGCAAUGGGGAGCCCAUGCUGGCACUCCAC